AUGUUUCUCGACCGCAAAGAUCUCAAACAGAUGUACCCCACACGAAAGCCAAAGACAACUGGUGGUGGCUUUGGCUAUGAGCGCGGCCCUUACUGGGCGGCGAUGCAUCUGCCCAACCCGGCGGUCCGCCUCCCGCACGAGCGGCGGCGGCUCAACCCGAAGCCCGCGAAGCGGGUGACCGUCUUCGGCGCCUCGGGCUACCUCGGGGCCGAAAUCGUGCGGGAGCUUUGCGAGCACCCCAUGAUCGAGUGCGUGCGCGCCUGCACCCGAUACCCGACGCUCAUCCCGCAUGGCUCCGACCUCGACGAGCUCCUCCAGCGCUACCCCGAGAAAAUCGAGCUCCACGAAUGCGACGUCACCGACCGAAUCCAGGUCAACGUGGCCUCGAACGGCAGCGACACCCUCAUCUUCGCCAUCGACUACCACGCCGAGUACGCGAACAACAGCCACUUCGACGUCUUCUUCACCGGCGCGACGAAUGUGAGCUGGACGGCGCGCAGCGUCCAUGCGGACCGGGUGAUCUACACCACGGGCCUCGACGCCACCUUCGCCUCGGAGUCGAACUACGUCGACCACCGCGCGCGCGCGGAGGACGCGGUGGGGGCGAACCACCCCGACGCGACCCUCCUCCGCUUUGGCCCGCUCUACGGCCGGAACUAUCGCUACCGCGGGUUGGGCCGGUACGUCUACCCCGCCGUCUUCCCCAAUACACUGGUCCAGCCCACCUGGGUGGUGGACGCCGCGCGGAGUGUCGUGCGAUGCGCGCGGUCCCACCGCGCCGUCCGCUACCGCUUCGACCUCGGCGGCCCCGAGACCUUCCCCCACCUCGAGGCCUUCCAGGUCAUCGCGCGGCAUUUUGAGCCUCGCUGGGUCUUCCCCUGCUAUCGCGGGUUCGGGCGCUUUUUUGGCAAGCUCGCUCCCUGGAUCAUCCCGAACCCGUGGUUUGACGAUAACUACAUCCUCACCUUCGAGCUGGACCAGGUGAACCGCCGCAGCACGUUGUUUGACCGGCUCGCGAGCUGGGAUCGGCUGGUCUACACCCCCCACACCAUCCGACAGGCUGCGGAGGUCGAGUGUGGGGAGCGCGCCCUUCCGCCCUUGCACGAGCUCGAUAUCGCCUUCGAGGAGAUCGAGGCCUCCGACAAGGCCGCUGAGAAGGCGGAGGAGGAGAAUGCGAAGCGAUUUGGCGUUCAUCGCGCGAAGGCCGAGCCUGGGUUCGGUCGCACCGACGGUCUUGAGGCACUAGCGCAAGAAAUUUACCCUGGCCAGCAGUUUCGUAUUCGUCCUUUGGAGGGCGCUAAGUACCCGUCUACCGUCAAAAACCCUGGACCUAAUGCAAUCCAAUAA